AUAGUACAAAGUUUCUUAAAAAAAAAUUACUUAUUCGAUAUCUCCUGCUGCUUAUGGUUACUAACAAUUUACGUUGCGAUUUAUUUAAAAAUGAAAACGUUAACAUUAAUAAUAAAUUAAUAUAUCGAGCAUUUUGGCUGUCGCGUGGUCAAUCACGCGAGAUCUAUCGGUUUUUCGUUUCACUUAAAAUUAUAAAGGAAACGAAUUAAGCGGUGAAAAGAUUAAGUUAGAAAUACGUAAAUUAACGAAUAUGGAAAGCUUUAAAUUAACAUCGCGAGAGUAGAUAAUUUUUUAAACGUUAAGCGACUAUUAAUCAUUGCUCGAUAGGCGAUAGAUAAUUUCCGUUACGUUGUUUGGCAUAUAUAAAUCUUCCCUCGGAAGAAACGUAUCGGUUCAUUCACCGAGUAGUGAGAUAAAGUGGCACGAUAAUGAAGUGCACUUUCGAUGAAUGUACGUUUUAACGAAGUGCCCGACGUUCCCGUUCCAUCUCCCAUAAUAUCGUUUGUAACAAACGAUUCAACGGUAUGUGGUUAUGAAGGAAAGAGGCUAAAAAGUUUAAAUAGUAGCGCGUGCGAAACAGUCUAUAAAUAUGGCGAGAAGUGGGAUGCGCAGUGGACACAUCCGGUACAAAUAGUUCCUCCGUCAGCGUGUUUCCUCGUAGCGUUAUCUCUUCAGGCGAUAAGUACGUUGUCACAGGCCUGCGAUUUGGAUCAGAUGCAAUAUGGAUGUCGUAUUUAUAAUGCGCAAUGCAGAUGCGGUUAUGGCUGUUCCUCCGAGUAUAGAUAUAAUAAUAACGAGGACUGCAAAGAAGCCCUAAGAGGUAAACGUAGCGACAUAUGCUAUAGAUUGAAGCCUUGCUUGAAUGGAGGAUCUUGCUUGCAAAUAUCCUCGGAACCUGGAUUUAAAUGUCGCUGCGAGGGAACUGGUUAUUAUGGACCACAUUGCGAUAAACUUUGCCCAGGAUUAAGUCAGCUGCGCCUCCGAGGAUCGUUCCCCUAUGAAUGCGUUGUAAUCUAAUUUACAAGUUUAUUUUUUUAAUAUCAUCUAUGCAAAAUCAAAUACACUCAGCAUGUUAAAUACAAAAAAAUAAACACGUUUUGCGAGAA